AUGACCUUGGCUGUUCAAAUUUACGAUGCUCGGUACUUCUUGUCAUUUCUUGCUCUUUUCAUUUUCGUGGGAAACAAGUAUCGUAAAUAUCGACGAUUGCAAAAUUUCCCCGGUCCCUUCAGUACAGGCUGGUCAGAAGCGUGGCAUACCCUUACUACACUCAGCAGACACAAUCAUCUCGAGUACCAUGAAGUCAGCAAGAAGUAUGGCCGCAUCGCUCGCGUUGGACCAAAUGAUCUCCUUACAUCUUCGCACGAGUUGCUUGCGCAUAUGAAUUCAGUACGAUCGCCAUAUACCCGAAGUGCGUGGUACAAUACCGCUGCUCGCAUGAGGCCUGGACGAGACAACAUCUUUAGCCAAAUUGACGAGGAGGAGCACACUAAACGCCGUCAACAAAUGGCAUCAGGCUAUUCUGGCAAGGAAAAUCUAGCCUUGGAAUCCGACAUUGACAAUCGCGUACUUGAAUUACUCAAUCUCAUCCGAACCAAAUACACAUCGACUGCAGCGCAGUCACGCCCUGUGGAUAUUGGCCGCAAAAUCCAAUACUUCACCUUGGACGUGAUUAGCAGUGUCGGAUUCGGGGAGCCAUUUGGAGAUCUAGAGGCAGAUGCAGACUUGCAUGACAUCAUCAAGUCCACCAAGGUAGGUCUAACGAUGAUUACCAUCUUCGGAGCCUUUGGUCUUGUCCCAUACCUUCAAUGGCCGUUGAUCGCUCACCUCCUUGCACCAUCGGAGACUGACAAGACGGGUGUGGGACGCAUGAUGUACAUUGCACGAAACGUUAUCGAUAGUAGGCUUAGAAAGCCACUCGAAGGACGAUCCGACAUGCUGGCCUCAUUUAUGCGUCAUGGUCUGAGCAAAGAUGAAUUGCUUUCAGAAUCACUUUUGCAGAUCGUAGCAGGAUCUGAUACUACCGCGACUACACUACGAUGCACUUUGCUGUACAUCGUCACUCAUCCGCAGGUAUAUCGUAGACUCCAAGAGGAGGUUGACGCCGAAAUUGCCUCCAACGGCGUCGACAGCAAGUCAGGGGUCAUCUCGGACUCGAGAUUGAAAAUUCUGCCCUAUUUGCAGGCCGUGGUUCGGGAAGGGCUGCGCAUCCAUCCACCUGUGACGGAUGUAGUUCCAAAAAAGGUACCCAAGGGCGGCGAUAAGUUCACAAUAGACGGCCAGGAAUACUUUUUCCCAGAAGGAACAAACAUCAGCUACAGUGUCUGGAGUGUCCAACAUGACAAGGACAUGUUCGGUGAAGACGCAGAGUUCUUUCGCCCAGAGCGGUGGUUACUCGACGAGGAAAGCGACAAGGAUCGCCUUCUCGCCAUGAGGCGUACGACAGAUAUGAUCUUUGGGUAUGGCAAGUACCAGUGUUUAGGGAAGCCUGUGGCUUGGAUGGAGACUACGAAAGUUCUGUUCGAGUUUAUGCGCCAUUUUGAAUGGACGAUCUCGAAGCCAGAGACGCCGUGGACCUCGCAAAAUUACUUUGGGAUUUUCCUACAGAACGAGUUGUGGGUCACAGCGACGGAGCGAGGUGACGGCUGA